AGCUCUACACCUCGGCUGUAUCAGUUUACACCGUCGCAAAAACAAUUCACAAUGUGGAAGUGUCUCGGAUUCCUUUUUCUUUUGGCGGGCGUGAGGGGUCUGGGUCAGCAGGCUGGCCUCCAUCCGACGCUGUGUGGAGAGGUACAAAGUGCGACUCUGCCGUUGCAAUCGCAAGCCAGGGAGUCCCUACUUGACCCCCAUCUAAGCCGUGAGAAAAGACAACAGCAGAUUGUCCAGGAGGUAAUUGUCGAGAAUAACUUCGGUGGUCCUGGAUUUGGAGGUCCUGGAUUUGGAGGUCCUGGAUUUGGAGGUCCUGGAUUUGGAGGUCCUGGAUUUGGAGGUCCCGGAUUUGGAGGUCCUGGAUUUGGACGUCCUGGACUUGGACGUCCUGGAUUUGGAGGUCCUGCACUUGGAGGUUUCGUAGGCCGUGGAUUCGCACGCAGCAAUAAUCAGGCGGAGGAAGAUGAGCCGCGCACGGAGCCAAAUCCGUUUUACAAGCCACUAAGUGAAGCUCCUUCGCCGGCUUGCCCAAAAAACCACUUGUUCUCCUGCGAAGCGGUCAUCAAGCCGGUUCCAUGCGGGUUCAGCCGAAGAUAUGGCCUUUAAACUAAUUUAACUACCAUAACUUCAUCACAAAAGUUUGUUUUGUCUUAUUAAAUUAUUAUAUUAAAUCCAAAGAUAUUCAUCAUACCCUUCACACGUAAA